UGUUUCGGGCCACAAAAAGUCCUUAUCCAGAGAGCCGUUUGCAUCGAGGUGGCAGGAUUGCAGGAAUGGCCUCGCCCACCAUCCGAGCCGGCCGCCGCGUGGUGUUCUUCCCGCUCCCUUACCAGGGGCACUUCAACCCGAUGCUCCGCCUCGCCGGCGCUCUGCACGCGCGCGGCGUCGCGGUCACCGUGUUCCACACCGAUCUUCGCGCGCCAGACCCGACCUACUACCCCUCGGACUACCGCUUCGUGCCGGUGCCGGUCCAUGUGCCCACAGAGCUCGUGGGGUCGGAGGACAUCGCGAGGUUCGUGAUGGAGCUGAACGUCAGCUGCGCAGCGCCGUUCAAGGAGCGGCUGGCGGCGCUGCUUGCGGGGGAGGAGGAGGAGGAGGAGGCAGGAGGCGUCCAGUGCGUGAUUACAGACGUCAUUUGGUACUCGGCGCAGGCGGCGGCGAGGGAGCUCGGCGUGCCGGCGCUGGGGCUCAUGACCAGCAGUGCUGCGAGCUUCCGGAACAUCAUGGUCUACCCGACACUGAUUGAGAAGUGCUACUUGCCUGUCCAAGAGGAGCACAAGGAUGAUCCAGUCGACGUGCUGCCACCGUUCCGUGUGAGGGACCUUCAACGCAUCGAGACGAGCAGCCUUGCCGACUUCGCCAGCCUGCUCGAGCACACAGUCGAUGGAGGGCGGCAGUCCGCCGGCCUCAUAAUCAACACCGUCGAGGCCAUCGAGGCGGUUGACCUCGACAAGAUCCGCGAGGACAUGCCCAUCCCCGUGUUCCCCAUAGGCCCUCUCAACAUGGUCUCGCCGCCGGUGGAAAGCAGCUUGUACCAGUUGCAGCAAGACCGCCGGUGCCUCGACUGGCUGGACACGAAGGCGCCUGGCUCCGUUAUCUACGUGAGCUUCGGGAGCCUUGCUGCCAUGGACCCGCACGAGUUUGCGGAGCUGGCUUGGGGCCUGGCUGACAGUAAGCGCCCGUUCAUCUGGGUGGUCAGGCCGAGCCUCAUCCGCGGGUCCGAGUCCGGUGAUCUGCCCGAAGGGUUUCGGGAAGAGAUUGGCGAUCGAGGCAGGAUCGUCGACUGGGCUCCGCAGGAUGAGGUGCUUGCUCACCCUGCAGUUUGCGCUUUCCUGACUCACAAUGGUUGGAACUCGACGAUGGAGGCUAUAUCACAAGGCGUGCCGAUGAUAUCACGACCUUUCUUUGGUGACCAAUAUGGAAAUGCUAUGUUCGUGUGCCACGUUUGGAGGGUUGGAGUGGAGGUUCAAGUGGAAAACCAGCUCGAGAGAGGGAAGGUCAGAGAUGCUAUUGAGAAACUGAUGGGCAGCAAAGAAGGGAAAGAGAUUGGAGAGAGGAUGAUGAACCUGAAAGAGAUAGCGGAGAAAGGCAUUAAGGAGAGUGGAUCAUCUCACACAGCUUUCCUUAACUUGGCUGAUCUCAUAUUUUCACUAUGAAACACUUGUAAGGUACAAAGCGUAUUUGUUAUUGGUAUGGAACGCAUGGAUUGGACGUGUACUUUCCUUUUGUAGUUUUAUUCAAUUUCCACUUUGAACUAGGAACCUAAUUUAACA